AUGACACGCUGGGGACCUCGCCUAUUCGAAUGCGACAACGACAUCGAAAUUGCCAGAAACCUAAUACCGUCUCUGGGCUUCAACAUCACAAAAUGGCCCCACACUCUCGACCAGCUAGUCACCCAGCGCGAACCCUCCGAGUAUCUAGAAAACACCGUCAUCCCAUCCCUCCGCACCAAGCUAAACGCCUGUGACUUCGGCGCUCGGCUCUUCGACGCGUGCCGGGCGCGCGAGACGACGCCGAAAACCAAAUACCGGACUAUCAUCCUCGGCGCGUUGCUCAUGCGCGCGGGCGCAAGGAUCAAGCCUGGGGAUCUCGAAUAUCUUCGCAUCAUCUCUAACUUUGUGGUUUGUCAUUCGCGAGAUAUUGAGCCGGGUGGUGAGGAGGGUUUUGUUGCGCCGGGUCGGGCGCAGUUCCUGGCUGCGGUGGAUAAGUAUCGGGAUGGGGUACCGCGUGGGUAUCGCGAGCAGAGCUGUUAUCAGUGCGGGUUGACGGCGAAUGAUGUUGGUCGUCAACUGAUUGGCUGUGCUAAGUGUGGACAAGAUUGGUACUGCAGUGAGGACUGCCAGAACCUUCAUCGGCAGGACCAUCAGCUUGUUUGCGCGUGGGCCCUUUCUGGUCUCCCAUUCUCGGAGAAUGUUGCUUGA